AUGGACCGUGACGACAGACCCGAAGCAUCACUUCGAGGCAGCGACGUUAGCCUAACGUUUGAACGCGGAGCACGAUCCUUCAAUCCAUCGAUAAUCAAUGCGCACGAUGAGGGAGACCCCGAUGUGACUCUGUUAGACCUUUCACCAGCCAAGGCUGGCGAGGGAAUCAGUCCAAUGUUCGACGAUAUCUUAUCCGUCGAAAGCCGCGGGAUCAACAUCUUCAAAAUCGUCUCCGCCCAAGAUCACUCGAAGGCUGAGGAAAUCGAAUCGGAUGCAGCAAGCCAAAGAAGCCUUGAGGAGGUCCUCACCGACAAUCCAGACAAGAGACUUUUCAACCUUGAUGAUCAAACGCUGGCCUUUGCCGGCCUGGCAGUGAAGCAAGUCGUUUUGGAAGCGACGUAUGGAUUCUUUCAGAAGUGCAUCUCAGAGCCAAAGCUAGAGAAGCUAUGGGACCGGAUAAUCGGUCCAGGAAAUGUAGCAGCCACUGCCCAACACUCCAUUUCCGUGCCAGACGGUAUAAUGGACCUGAAAAAUGGCGUGCGAUCUCCAUCGACAUUGAUUAGCAACUGUGUCGGCAUACUCUCGCAGGAUUCAGCAGUUACAAACCAAAAGACUCUCAGGCAGUGCUUGAGCCGGGCCGUGACCCUUUGCGACGCCCUAGGCGAUGAACACAGGAAGCAAGCCUUGGAGAACGCUACACACAAGCUCGACUGGCUCAUGCUGGGACUCGACUGCAAGACCAUGGAGCUGUAUCGCAACGCGAACAGGCGACUAGACAAGGUCAACAUGGAACACCCUGUCGUUUUCGGGGCGGCCGAAGGUCGCGCUGAGGCACUGUGUGACAAACGACGACGGGAGGAGCGUAAUAUACUCCAGUUGAUGAAUCGGGAGUACGAAGGAAUCCGUGAGCCAUUUCGGGUCCUCUUUAUCGAAACUCUGCAGAGUCUACUCGCCCUUUAA